AUGCAGUUAUCACUAACGCUCGGGUUGACUGUAACUGUUUUUACUUCAGUACUGGAAAUCCGAGGAAAAUCCCCCGUCGCUAAACUACUUGAUUUAAUCGAAAAUGCCAUUAUGACUACAUGGUGGUCAUUCCGACAAUCGAACAAAUCAUUUUUUGUUGCUGAUAAAUUUGUUUUAGACGACAGACAAUUGAAAGCUACCGUACAGUUAACAGCCAUAGUUUUCGCAACUACUAAUGCACAAACGAAAUUUCUGAAAAAUUUAUGGCUUGUCGAAAAUAAGCUCCGGAAAAAUUUUUGA